UCUGUUGCUGCGUUAUGAGGCUGAAUUUCUAAUGAGGACAUGUUGGUUUUGAUGACAGACUUGGCUCUUGUCUGUCGGCUAUUCGGCCUUUUGUGCGCGCAAUGGACUGUUUGAAUUGUGAUUUGUGAUUGAAACACUCUGGAAGUGAAAGUGCCGAACGAAUAGUGUGCGAAACAAGUGAAAUGGAAUCGAUAUUUGUGUUGUUCUGACGCGAGGGAGGAGUAAGAAAGUUUGUGGAACUCGACGCCAGUGCUGCCAUCUGUGUUGUCAAUGCUCUUAGGCCUACUCAUCCACGGGGAUAAUUUUUUACUCGCAUUAUGAAACUGAGCCCAUUUUUGCUCCUCACACAUGACGAUUCUACCCCAAAGAUGUCUUCUCUCGUUACCUAUGUGCCCUCAAAUUCUGUCUCCAUCCAUCUACCUUAAUGUUCACCCUCAGCUAUGUAGUUCUGGAGCCUUGAGAGGCCACUCAGCUCCCAACCCAUUCAUCAGGGAAGAUGUCGCAACGAGUUAAGCGAUCCCUGAAAACAGAUGAUGGCCCAGUCCCAACCAAGCGCCGCAAAGGGCGGCCCACCGUGGAUGAUGAUGACUCAACCUCCAUAGCAGACAGCAUGGGGGCUUGGGCUUCUCGAUCUCAGGAUAGCCUCAAGCCCCCCAAUAUCUACAACCGUACAGUUGCAGAAGCGCCUGCUGAGCUUUUCCGCAAGGAUUUGAUUAGUGCCAUGAAGCUGGCAGAUUCUGAACCUCUAACAGCUGAUGAAUAUUGGGUGAUAGGAGAUCAGUGGAAGCAAGAGUGGGAGCGUGGGGUGCAAGUACCUGUGAAUCCUGACUCUCUUCCAGGGCCUUCUGUCACCCUCAUCAGUCACUGCCCAUCCUCUACUAAGCCAGGCUUUGAAUUUAAGCUGCCAAAGAACAAGUAUAUCGCCAUUUGCAAGGAUGAUUCUUUUGAUAGUGAGACACACAUCCUCUCUGAUACUCCAGCUAAGGCAGAAAAAGCAUGUUCUUAUGAUUUAGAUGAUACUGAUGCUGCUUGGCUACAAAUAUUCAAUGGUGAAAGAGCUGCCAUGGGUCUGGUCCCUAUCAAAGAGGAUCAACUAGAAAGAGUUAUGGAAGAACUUGAAAUGAGAUGUUGGGACAAAAUACAGACAAUAGUGAAAACUGAAGAAAGCCUUGGUAUUGAAUUUGAUGAAAAUGUUAUCUGUGAUGUCUGUCGCUCGCCUGACUCAGAAGAAAGCAAUGAAAUGGUUUUUUGCGAUAGUUGUAACAUAUGUGUUCAUCAAGCUUGCUAUGGCAUCACUACAAUCCCCUCUGGACAGUGGUUGUGUCGCACUUGUGCUCUUGGCAAAAGACCAGAAUGUGUUCUCUGUCCAAACAAAAUGGGCGCCAUGAAAAGUACACAGUCUGGUAGCAAGUGGGCUCAUGUCUCUUGUGCUUUGUGGAUACCAGAAGUUAGCAUUGGCUCUGUUGAGAAAAUGGAACCUAUUACUAAGAUUUCAAGUAUACCACAAAGCAGGUGGGCCCUCAUAUGUGUCCUUUGCCGAGAACGUGUUGGUGCAUGUAUACAGUGCUCUGUGAAGUCUUGUAAAACUGCAUAUCAUGUUACUUGUGCUUUCAAGCAUGGUCUUGAAAUGAAAGCCAUCAUUGAAGAUGAUGCAGCUGAUGACGGUGUCAAGUUAAGAUCCUAUUGUCAGAAGCAUAGUGUUACAAGUAAAGAUAAGAAAAGCUCAGCCUCAUCAGAGGAUGACGAGUCUAAACGUAAAAAGCGGAAAGAUAUGACUUCUGAAGAGAGAAACCAAGCAAGAGCUGCAAAGCUUCAGGAAAUUGAAGCAGAGUUUGACAAACAUGUAGUUCACACUGAUGUUAAACAGUGCUUGGAUGUAGAUCCUGAAGGUAUUCUCUACAUCUAUAAUUUCUGGAAGCUGAAGCGACGUGCUGGUGGGAACAAACCUCUUCUAGCUCCUAAGUCAGAUGAUGUCGACCUCUUGUCUCAGAAGCAAGAACAAGCUGAUCUAGAUAAGAUGCGAAUGUUUGUGCAGCUGAGACAAGACUUAGAACGGGUACGAAAUCUGUGCUACAUGGUCAGCAGAAGAGAGAAACUGUCCAGGACAUUCUUCCGUAUGCGUGAGCAAACGUUCCAUAAACAAGCAGCUGUGCUUAGUGAUUCAAAUUGUUCACUGUCGCAGCUGGAGGUGCAAGCAGUUAUAGAGGCCAAUCAUGGUCCAUCCAUCUAUGACCGCCUGUAUUCUCACACCACAUCUGAGUCUUGUUCUACUGACUUCGAUGUUAUUCUGGCUCGAAUCACGGGUCUUGCUGUACCUGAGGAGAAUGAAAAACCGAAGACAUCAGAACUCAAUGGUUUGGUGAAAUCUUCUGGAGGUAGACGAUCUGGCAUGGACAAUCCGUACAAACGUAUGUACUCGAACGGUAUCUCCAGAAGACGCAGUAGUUUAUGUAAUAGCAGUAUGUCUAGUGGCAGUGAGACUGAUUCAGGGGCCCAACCAAGGAAGGAUUCCCGGUUAUGUUUAGACACCUCGGCUUCAAGUUCUGAAGAUGACAAACGCACCUUGGAGCGGAAACCACUGAGAGACAGAAAUGAAACUAAAGUAUCAUCCCCUUCACCAUCCAAAUCUCCUCACAAAAGUUCCCGGGCAGCUAAGCAUAGUCUAGAAAGUGGUGCAUCAAGCACAGAAGAGGAGAAACCAAGCCCUUUGAAAGGAUCAAGACUGAAAAAGUCUUCACCAUCCAAAGCAACUGAAGAAUUUCCAUCUCAACCAUUAUCCUCAAAGACAGCUAGUCGCUUGGCUAGCUUAGGGUUAGCAGACAGUGGAGGCUCGUGUUCGGAAGAGGAAAAGCCAGUGCUUGGCCAAUCAAAGAAGUCACGUAACCGCAAGAAACCUAUCUCAAAUCUUAAGAAAAGUGCUGAGAAGGAUAAAGCAAGUAGCAAAGCUGCAACAAUGGCCAAAUUAGGUUUGGAUAGUGAUGCUCUUAGUACAGACGACGAAAAGUCUGUAAGGAAACUUAGCACCGAUGCAUCCGCUCCAGCGAAAAAGAGGGGGCGCAAGCAACCUGUUACACCAGCGAUAGUAAGAAGAGAUUCAUCAACAGAGGAUGAUGAAGUUAUCAGAACAUCAAAGAGCAAGGGCUCUCAACAUCGAAACCAUUUGAAAAAGCCAGGCCCAGAUUCAGAUGUUAAAAUGUCUGUUAGUGAAGAUAGUGAUAAUGACCUGCUCAUCAGGUCCUCUUCUAAGACUGAUAGUAAGAAGAUUUCAAUCUACUCUGAUUCUGACUCUGACUCGAAAGAUGGAAGCUCUUCAAACUUGACUGCUGAUCACCACCAAAAUAUGAUGAGAACCAAAGGAGCUAUGAAGGAAUUUGUUGGUUUACCUUCAAAAUCUGGAAGCAAAUCCCCGAAGAAGUCAUCAAAAUUAAAGUGUAAAGAUGAAGAAUUGGUUGAUGACACCUCAAAAGAUAAGGAGAACAUUAAGUCCAAAAAGAAAGAUAAUGCAGCAACCGAUCUCAUUGUUCCACAAAGGCAGGCUGCAAAGAAGGCCUCAGAAAGUAUUCAGAAAGUCUCUCAAGGUAGAAUGAAAGACCUGGAUCUUGAUAAAGAAUUACCAUCCAAGCCAAGUCCCACAGAGCCUGAGAAGACAAAAGCAAAAUCCAAAUCCAAAGAUGAAGAGAAGAAAUCCAGACCUGGUAGGGACUCCAAAUUGGCGCCAGAUAUAUAUGAAUUUGACAAGGACCCAGAUGCAGAGCAGGCAGAAAUUCUAGCUUAUGUCCCUCAAAGACAAGCAGCCAAGAAAGCCAAUGAACACAUGAAGACAAGUAUCAAGAAGACUGACAAGGAUGUGCCUGAGGUUGGCCGCUUGGAAAAGGGGAAGAAAGAGCUUGAAAUGGAGAAGUCCAAGAAACCCUCUAAACCAGAGCUGAGGACAAAGAAAAUUUCCAAGUCAUCAUCAUCUUCUUCUUCCUCAAGCACGUCUUCAUCUUCCUCAUCAGGUUCAUCAUCUUCAUCCUCUUCAAGUUCUGACAGUGAUUCGGAAAGCAGAUCCAAAUCUCCUGCUAAAAAAGAUGUCAAAGCUGAGAAGACACCAGAGCCUGAGCUUAAAAAGGUCACUGCGAAGAAGGAGGAAUGGCCCUUUCUUGACAAGGAGUCCAAGUCCUCUGAGAGCAGUUCCCUGGAUAGCGACUCAGACUCGGAUAAAGACAAGGACAGUAAAAGACCUGCUACUAGGCCCAAACCAUCUGCGAAAGAGAAGGAGGGUUCCUCCUCUCAGUUGGCAGGCAAGAAGUCCAGGAAGGCGCCCGAUAAGAAGCUUAAAACUUCCGACGGGCGGCCUGAACUCGAACUUCAGCAGCCGCCUUCUGAAAGAAAUGAACCAUUCCGAUCGAAGGACAUCAGGUCCAGCAGUGGAGGUGCAGGUGAUCGGCUCAGGAGUGUUGAGAGUGGACCAGCUUCGAGAAGAUCAGGAAAUCUACCUAGUUUCGAAGAACCAAUCUCCCCGAAGACCCCAGACACGAGCAGGGGAAGGUCACGCACUAAGGGAGCUGAGGAGUCACCAAGAGACAGAGGAAGAGCGGGAAAACAAGAUUCAACUACUCAAAAAGAUCAAUCAAAGACAGGGAAGAGAAAAUCAGACGAAGGCAAAGACAGCUCUCCCCUUGUCAAGCUUGGGUCUCCGCUCAGGAGAAGUGAAACGCCGCGGAGAGGAGCCAAAAGUAGUAGUCCCUCCAAAGAGGAAAGUAAGCCCAAAUGUUCUCCAACUGAGGUCAAGAAAGUUUCAAAGAAAAUAGAUCUCCAGUCUCCCGAAAGGGAUGUGGAGAGGAGAAAAAGUACUAGAAAUUCAUCAAGUAGUUCUCCUGCCCUCAAAAAUCUCUCUGAAGACCAACCAACAGAUUCAAAGGUGUUGUGUUCUCCUACAAGUGGUUUUAGAUCUCCUAAGAUGGUUACUUCAGAGAUAGGUCUCAAACAUGAAGAGGAGUCCUUAGUGAAAACGAUGAACUCAAUUCUCACCCCCAUUGACAAAGACAUUUCUGUGAUAUCCAACAAAAAACAUAGCCCAAGACUAGAAGUUUCAAGAGAGAAACCUGUGUUGGAAGAGAGUCAUGCCUCCUCAUCUUCCUCCUCCUCCUCCUCAUCAUCAUCAUCCACUUCUAAUGAUGAUGAUGGAGGAAGUAAGGAGAAGUCUCAGGAAUCAAUACAGAACAAACUACCAUCUGAAAAGAACAUCUUACCUGAAGAAUUAAAUCAGAAGAUGACGGAAUCAGUCCAUGAUAGAACAAAGAGUUGCGGCCUUGAUGCUGGUAUUGACUUUCCAACUACUGACCAGGAUGCCUUGGAACCUAAAAAGAUCAACUCACGGAGCAGUUCUCUUAGUGGGGCGCCGUAUCAACAUCGCUCAAUCUUUUCUCCUCAGCCACCCAAGGAUUCAGGAGUCUCUGACCUCUUUGAUUUCCAUAAUGAUUUGUAUGCAGUUGAUGAUUCCGUAAAUGAUGAUGGAUUUGGGAUACCUCCUAAUUCAGAGGAAAUUAUGAGAGCACCUCUCCAAUUUUCCUUUAGUAAUGAACUUCUCUUCAAAGAUGAUACUAAGGAAGAUACUACUCGAGAGACCAUGAAUCUUGUGGAUAAGUUACGACUUAGUUAUUCUAAGCAAAAAUCUCAACCUGGGGUUGGCGAUAUGCCAGAAAUGACUACAACUCUUACUGCAGAUGCUACUUCUGAGCAGGUUGAUCCUGAAAUUGAAGUUGUUCCCAUGCAACCUAAACCACCCAUUGAAGAAAUUAAUUUGGCUGACGAAAUUAACAAGUCUCAAAACUCUGCUCCUGAAAUCACCGCUGGGGUCACCCCUCAUCAUGGUACACCCCAUGCUGAGCCUCAAUCUAAUACUCUGGAACAUCCACUGCAUGACAAACUUGAAGCACCAGUGUACCAGAGUCCUGCAAUUGAACCUCCUUUUAGUGCUUAUUCAUGUGCUGUUGAGGCAGAUAAAUCUAAAGGACUGCUGGGGGCACAAAUUAUGGAAUCAGCAAAGAAUGCUCAAGCUGAAGAGCGAUGGAUUCCUCCAAGCGUGUAUCCAGAACCAGCUAAAGAAAUGCAACCACCUUCCUCAUUAGGACUCCCGUCUCAUCACUUGGAGCUUGGACAACUUUCUCAUGAUCCAUUUUCGCUUCCAUCUCAGACCCAACAUCAAGAUAUGUUACCCAUGGGAUCUGAAAUGCAGCAACAGUCCCUUCAUCAUCAAGAUAUGGAGAAAUCACUACCAUCACAUGAAAAGCAGACAUCUUUGAUGGCUAUUGGCCAUGAUCAAUUUGACAGCAUGGGUCAGACGCCUCAUAUGGAUUCUCCACUGCCAUAUUCUGAUCAUCAUUCACAAGCCAAAUGGGCAGACAGUCAAGUGUUACCUGUACGCCGUGAUUCGACAUCUGACGAUACUGACUCUGAAGAUGAUGCUCACAAUGAAUCGGAACCACUGCCUCCAUCAUCUACACAAGCCCCACCUGCAGUUGGAACAGAUCUUAUGACUCCUUACCCAGCUCCAUCAAUGUCAUACCCACCAAUGCCAGAGGCUCCAUCCUACCAUUCGUACUCGGAAGCGCCACCAUUUGUCAACCCUGCACCAUUAUUUCCUCCUCCUACUUUUACUGGAUCUACUAUGCCCAAUAUCCCCAAUAUGCCUAGCAUCGCUAAUAUGCCUAGCAUAGCCAAUAUGCCCAGCAUAGCCAAUAUGCCCAGCAUACCCAAUAUGCCCAGCAUACCCAAUAUUCCAAACAUUCCCAACAUUCCGAAUCUCUACCAUCAACCUUAUGGGACCUUUCAAGACCACUCUCAUGGUAUUAUGUCUUCAAUGACCAACAAGCCAGAAGAGCCACCACAGCAAAUACCUCCACCCUGUACAGCUGCAUUUACAUCAUCAUCACACAACAUGGCGUUUACUGCUGCAAUGGUGUCUCCGUUGCCUACUGCAACUCCUACUCCGUCCCCUGUACUUCCUCAGGAUCCACCUCUCACACCUGCUGCUUUCCCAACAUCAACUGCUCCUCCAACUCCAUCACCUGUACUACCUCAUGACACCUUAUCAGCGUCCACUCCAUACUCCUCUCAAACAUCUCUGGAGUCCCAGACCAUCAUAUCUGCCUCUGAAAAUAAUCAUCAGUUGCCACCUGUUACUUCAAAAGUUGCUUCAUCUGUGGGCAAGAAAACUCCAACUAAGCCCACUCGCUCAUCUCCAAGGGUUAUAUCACUUCAACAGAAAAGCCCUGGGAAAUCUCCAGGAAAGUCUCCUCGACAGCAAGAACCCAUUGGUGUUAAGCCUCCACCUCAACCACGGGGCACUGCCACUGCUAAAAAAGCACCCAAGGCUCCAAGAGGAGCUAAUUCUCAAGGAAGAGGAAGAGGACGGGGACGUGGAAAGGGUCGAGGUGGUUUUAAUGAACUUGGAAUUUGCAACAAACUGGCUGGUACUGUGUUUGAUUUGGACUUUGAUGAUGAUGAUACUGAAAGCGUUGAAAACCUUAGAGCCAUGAGGGAAAGGAGAAAGUCAACAGAUAUCAAAGGGUCAGAUGGCUCUUAUCAAUCCCAAGAUUCAUCAGUUUCUCCUAGGUUUGCAAGUCCUUCACAUGUUAGUAGCAAGCAUCGAAGCACUGUUUAUCAGAACCAAAACCUCUCUGAUCUUAGACCACCAUCACCAAUUCAUGAUGGUCCAGCAGCAGUGGAUGAUGACGAAGAUAUCAACCCAUCCCCUGAACCAGAAGAAACUGCAGCCUCAAGUCAAGUACAAAACUUCAAUGAAUGUGUCUUACCAGGUCCUGUAGACAUGAGAACCUACAGUUCAUUUGAGAAUCAACCAACCUCAGCUCAACCAGCACCCUAUCACAAUAAUCUUGUUGAGUCACUUGGAUCUGAACAACAAGAACCUGAUGUUGCCGAUGACAUUGAAAAGGAAAUUCAGCAAGCUGUUGCCAAAGAAAAAGAAAAACAUGUUGAAGAACCAAGGGUGUCUCUACCUGACUCCCGCCAGUUGCUUAAAGUCAAAAUUAAAGGUCCGUUCCAAGAUGCUAAUUAUGGAGCAGCUGCACCAACAGUUACUCCUAUUUCACAACAACAACCUGCGCUGCCAGCUGUGGCCCCUCUUGACUCUAUGCAAGGUCCAGGUAUGGCAUCAGGAUCGGCAAUGGCUUCAGUUUCAGCAUCAGGAACAUCUAAUUUAAGACGAAUGCGGAAGAAAGAACUACUUCGUCAAUAUUGCUCACAAGAUAUGAACAUGGAUGAUACUGGUGCCCAAACCAUGCCAGGUCAUGCUGUUCUACCCACUCCGCCGGUCAACCGUACUGUUAUAUCAAUACCCAAGGCUGUUGCUUCAAUGACGACUAUUCCAACCCGAGAGGACUACAAAGCUGUGGUUGAUGCAAAUAAUGAAAAGAAACGAAGAAAGGACAAGACACCCAACUUCUCAAAUUCCUAUGCACGAAGAAACAAUCCUGAUGGUCUUGAUUAUGCUGAUCUUGAAUCCUUACCUGAGCGAAGGCGCAGUGUGGGCUCUAAUGGUAGCAAUAAUUCAUUCCCUUCUGCUGAGGUAAUUCAACCGAAGAGGAAAGGUCGUGCUCCUCGGAAUUCCGCUCUGCCUACAGCUACUCCAGAAAUGGCAAUAACACCAAAGCUAAAAAUCAAGAUUGGUGGCAAUAGCACAGAAGUUGCUCUUCCUGUUGCUGAAAAGAAAAACCUCAGGGUGCGUCCUCCAAAGAAACGACACACUCCACCCCCACCUCCAGCCCCAUCAAUGGAAGAACUGCGAGCUGAAAGCAUGAAAUUCCGUAGGUUGGUUAUGAAGGACUUUGGAGAUGGUGAAGAUGACAAAGAGGAGCCCGUAGUUGUUGCCCCUGUGCCCAAAAAGAAGAAGAAAAAGAAGAAAAAUUCUAGAUCAUCAUCACCAUCGCCAUUACCUGUUGUACCUGAAGUUCAAGUUAUUUCUAAUGAAGUUGCAGCUCCUAAACUUAUCAUUCGGUUUGGCAACAAGGGCACUUCCAGUGCAAAUAGUAGUUCCAAUAGUAGUGCAACUGUAGCCUCUGGAGAAUCUGGGGCAAAUCAAGAAAAAACCACAGAUGGUUCUGAUAAAAUUGUGAGUGUUAACCAAACAGAAAGGUUACCUUCCUCUGUAGACUCUCAACCUUCAGGAGGAGCAGUUGCUAACCAGGACACAAACCAGCCAUUAAACAUUAGAGGAGAUCUGGACAAAAAUCAGACCAGUGAUGCUUCUGCUUUGAGGAAAGUACGAACAAGCAGAUCUGCUGUUUGUUUACCUAAAUUAAAAUUAAAAUUAUCCCGGUGUGAGGAGGGGUAUGUGAUGAAAACCCGUGAGGAAACCGUGUCGCACCCUGAUGGGCAGUCAAAUGAUAUGGAACCGCCUCCUGAAAAUGUUCAUAAUAGGACUGAAAUGAACUCAAGUACAUUGCCUCUCAGUCAAGAUUGUGAAGUUAGAUGAUAAUGGUGGAAAUUAUUAGUCUCAAUUAAGUUUUAUAUCUAAUAGAUCUGAUUAUCGCCGAUGUUAGUUAAAGUUCGAAUUUGUACAGUAUGGUGCCAAGCUUUUUGUGCUGCUAAUUCCCUCAUUCUUGAGUCUGGCUUCAAUUUUGUAUUGGUUUUAGACAUUUCAGGAGUUGACGUUUUGAUAGUUUUAACAUUUUAAUCAAUUUAUUUUAUAAUAUUCAUGUUUGUUGUUGAGCUAUAAAGAUAGGACCACUUCAAUUACAUGCCUCCUUUUUUUUUUCGGAAUAGCUCUUUUGAUUAGAUUAUAAUCGAAAAUUAACUUAAUUAUUGCUCAUCUCUUUGUUUUCUAUUUCAAUAUGUUUGCUUGACUGCUGCAUAGUUUGAGCAGUAAUUGCCAAUAUUUUUAUGACGCUUUAGUGUUUUUCAGUUUCUUUGUUGAAAAAAUCUGAUUCAGCUUCAUCGGUUUGUUCAAUGUCCUACAAUUUUUUAGUAUACUUUAUAACUCUUUAUAAAAGGAAAUAAUGUUUAAGUGCUAUUUUCUAAAUUUGGAAAAGCUACAAACAUCUUAAUCAAGUUUUUCAGACAAUCAAACUAUAGAAAUCCAGUUGUAAUCUUGUAGUUAUAUAUUUAGACAUUUUAAUACUUGCCCUUUUAAUGGUGUCAUUUUUAUUGGAUCAUUACUAAGUUGUACUCUCCUCUUAAUUGGAUUGAUGUUAAAAUGCCAUUCAAAAAUAGCCUUGGGCUUUGUUUGAUUAAUACUGGUGAUUGAAAAUGAUAACUCGCCUGCAAUUUGAUUCUUUCCUAACUUUGAGGGCAGAGUUGACUUAAGGCAGUAUUUCUUGUUAUUGAAUUUAUCUAUCUGUCACCAGUAUGUGGUUUCAACUGAGCACAGUACAUGGUAUUUUAUCAGGAAUUAGUAAGCAUAUGAAGAUUGGUACCAAUGUCAUCAUUAUUUACUGUUGAUUAGUUUUUAAUCCUUAUUUGUUCCUCCUCUGUGUAAUUGAGUGUGUGUGAUUGUGUGCAAUGGAGGAAGGGAUCGUACUGGAGGCUGUGCAGUUCCUCAGCUGUGGGCCACUUAGUGGUCAGGAGUACUCUCUUUAAGGUCCAGAGCUCGAAGAGUGCUUGACUUGUACAAAAUUUUAGCAGUCUUUUCUGGGCUGAUGCUAAGUUUAACUGAAUAUUCUAAAGGUGACUCUCAAAAUAAUUUAUAACUAUUGUUGUUACAUAUGUUUGUAAGGAUAAAAAUAAAGUAAGUCUUCAGGUCAAGCUAUUAAUGUAAUCAUAGUUAUAUUAUAAUGAUAUUGUACAUAUAGUAAUCUAGUAUCUAAUCUUUUUUCCUGUAGGCUGUCUUCUUGUAAAUGUGCACAGUGUAUUAUUUAUAGAAAAGUGUAACACAAAUGGUGCAAAUGAACAAACUAGUGUACAAAAAGUCAAUUACUGUUUCAUUGCAGGAGUUCAUAUUUUUGUAUAUAUUGUGUUUAUUGAAGAUUGUUUUAGAGCGGUUAAGUCUUUGUAAGUGUAUAAUUUAAACUCUUAAUCGAAAGUGAUGUGGCAUUGUUUGCAUUCUGUAAUGCAUUUUUAAGGGAUACUAAUUGUGUUAAAGUUGGGAUCUAUAUUAGAGCUGAUUAUCUGGAUAGACAAUUGUUUAAACAAAUCAAUAUUGGUUAAUAGUGGUCUAAUGGUUGUGAUGUUGAUGUUGCCAGCCUUUGUUUUAAAAAGCUGUAUGCUUGUUUGCUCUUUUUCUAAUAUUCUGAGCUGUAUGUAUAUAUGAGUGUUCUAUUUGCAGACAUUGACCCAUUGUCUUGGAUCAUACAGCUCUUGAUCUUGCUUGUCUCUCCAAAAGUCGUACCAUACUGAAAGUUAAAUCAAGAAGGCAGGGUGAACUAAUGGAAUCUUUACUUAAAUCAAUGUUGUUCUCUCUUAGGUAGAUGAUUGUUUUACCUGUCAAGCUCUGUUUUUGAUUGCUGUAGAUGCUCUUAUAAAUUUGCUGUAGUUCAGUGCUUUUGAACUAGCUUUGUUUCGUGAGAAGCAAAUUUCUUUAAGUAGCUUCAAAAUUUCAUAUAACCCAAGGUACAAUUCAACUUUUGGAAGUUAUUUACACUGAGUAUCUUGCUCAGUUUAUUUGUUUUUGUUUUUUAAAAAAUUUCUAUGCCAUACUCUAACCAAAGUUGCAAUAAUAGUUUUUGUGUAGUAUCGUUGGAACCCUUGGCUGCUGUGCAGUUCAUCUACUGUGGAACAUGAGCAUGCUGUGCAUCCAUUAGUGGGUUACCACACUGUGGUGUCAUUACAAAAGGGUGUGUGAGCAGGUAAACAAAGACUGUUUUAUACUUGAGUUAUGGUUUAAAUUAACGGAAAAUUGGAGAGUUUCUUAUAGCCAAUAUCAGGAAUAUUCAAUAGUGAAUUAUUAUGUUACCCAUAUGAAAAAGGUAGAAUACUAGCUUAUAAACGUGGAAUUUGUCUGAAUUCUGAUGUAUUUAUGUUUAUGCUGCCCUUUUAUAACUUUUACUUCUAUUCCCAAGCCCAAUUAUUUUCGUAUUGUUCUUUUACAGCCCAAGUCUGUUGCCUACAUUUGCACAACUAAGCUAUAUAAGUUUUCAUGAAAAUGUUGUUCAUACCUGUGAGAUUACUUGAGAUUUCCUCUUUAACUGAAACUGUAAUGAAUUAGUUAAUUCCCUUUCAAUUUACUGUUGCAUGGAGACUCUUGUUAUGGUUACCUCCACUCAAGUAUUUUAUUAAUAUGAUCAUGAUUCAAUGUCUGCUAGGUGUUACAUGUUAACUGUUGAAUAUCACUUCAUAUUUAUUAUUUUGGAUCAAUGGACAUUGAUUUAUUCAGUUACCUUGCUGUUUCAGCCGCUUCCAAUCAACAAGCACUUUUAGCCUGAGUUCACUUCUUGCAAUUUUAAUUUGACGCCCAUUCAAGUUGUCUCUUUACUUAUCUUACCAUUGACAUUGUGGAACUGGAUACUCCUUACGGGAAGACCAAGUAUAGUGUCAUUUUAGUGGAAUUCCCUUGAUGGGAGAGGCCAAUAUGAGUGUUUUUAUGUAUGUGAGCAAUGAUAGUCAAAACUGUUUUAGAGCUUUGCCAAAAUAAUUCUGCACCUUGUUAAUGGA